AUGACACGUCUUCUCGACCAUUUAAUCACCACCUCUGCCGCCGCCGCCGCCGCCGCCACCACCGCCGCCACCGCUACCGAUCGAUCGAUCACGUCGGCGUGGAGACACGUACACUCUGUAGCACCGGGAGCAGGAGGUGGAGAGACAGCUUCACCUGCGGUCUUGGCCAAUCACGGUGCGCUGGAGGAAAUGGGCGCGCUCGGUUUAAAGUCAAUUUACGAAUGCGAACCAAUCAGUUUUGCCUAUUCUCACCGCCACCACCACCACGACCACAAAAGUCCUCCAAUCACUGCAUACGCCACACGUGCCCCAUUCGCCGGAAAAAUGGGUCCCAACGCCAGUCUCGGCUGUCGCCGUCGAAUCGUGUCGUUCGGUUAA